UAAUUAUUUUAUGCAGAUGCCGGAUUCGGCUUUAAACGAUCUUAACGAAGAUAUUUGCGGCGAAGAAAGAGGCGCGUGGUCGAGACUCAAGUAGGUAGAUCGUUGAUGAAAGCAUGAUCGUUCUUCAGAAAAGGAUUCAUGAGAUGAAAAUGAUCGAGAGGAAACUACGAGCUGCCUGCGGACUGGAUGGAUUGGGAGAAACGUGUCUAUACAAGCUACGAUUCGAUGAUUUGCGAGAGCAUGGGAGUGUUGUAGUCGUAGUUGAUGAACACUCGCCCCAGUGUCACGUUGGGGAUGAUGGUCCUAAUUGCGCUCAGCUUGCCAAUCUCUACUGCCAUGGGGAGUUGCAAAGAUCUUUUGUUAUUGAUCUUGUCAGUCUCUACAGCAUAGCUGGUGGAGAAUUUGUUUUGUUUGUCACAUGACCAGUGGAAGAUGGGCAACCCUCUACUUUGCAAGAGAUUCAAGGCUAUUUUAGCAAUGUUGUGUGUUUUUCUAGAUGCGUUUUAGGAGCUGGAUUACUUGGUAAUUCCGUUGCUCCUUAUCUUUCUGAAAGUCUUAUAGUGAAAUUUCACUUUUAUCCAUUUGGAGCUUCGUGGUCUUUUCAUGUGGCUCACUUUUCCAUAUUGGUUAAUCAAGAGCAGUGAUUAUUCCAUUGUAAUUGCCUUAUUUUUGUGAAGAUUGGCAAGUUGUCAUAACUCUCUAUUGUUGCCAGUCUCUACAUUCUUGAUACCUGGAACUGCUUGAAACUCUUGAAAUCCAUCUUGAAUCUUUCUUGAUAUUGCUUUGUACUUGUUCUUGAAACUGAAAUCCAGAAAUGGAUAAUGAUUAUUGAAAUCCUCAUUAUCUUGAUUUUUGUCUGGAAUUAAUUCUUGCAUUGUUCUUGGAAUCUAGUUUGAGUUGUCCUUGGAAACGUUCUUGUUCUGACUCUGCUCUUGUUCAAAUUUUGUAUACUGCUCUUGCUUGAAUCUUGAAUAUUUUGUUAGUUCUUGUUUCAGUAUACCUAUUGAUCUUCUUGAUUUUGAUUUUUGUUCAUAUGGACACCUCUUUAGGAGGGGUGAUGAUCAUUAGGAAAUACCUAUGUGAGGCAUCCUAAUUCUUGUCUCUUGCAAGUGUUAAUCUCUGUAUUCUUGAUGUCUUAGCUUUGACUUGACUCUAGGAUGUCUAGGCUAAGCAGAUUAUAGCCUCCAUGAGCUACGAGGUGAAGGGGUAAUCUUUGAAGUACUUGAUGCCCUAGAGUUUUGUUCCAAGAGAAAUGGUUCUUUGUCUAGCUGCCUUGAUUUUUGUUUGCCCUUUUAAUUGGAAGACAGUAAUCUUCUAAGCAUCUUGAUCCCAGCCAUUGCUUUGUUCUAUUAAUUAAUUCUAGUACUUAAG